AUGAACAAUGUACUGCCUAAGGGCUAUGCUCGAGAAGUGCCGGUGGAGCAGUUGAACCAACGUGAUGGUAAAACGUGGUACCUGCCUCACCACGGGGUGUACCAUCCAAAAAAGAAGAAGCUUCGGGUUGUCAUUGAUUGUGCUGCGAGGUUUGGAGGGACGUCUCUCAACGAUCAACUGCUACAGGGUCCGAACCUCACCAACACUCUCAUCGGCACCCUGUUGAGGUUUAGGCAGGACAGCGUUGCAGUCAUGAGUGAUGUCGAGUCUAUGUUUUAUCAGGUCCGUGUUCCACCUGAUCAAGCCAGCUUCUUGAGGUUCCUGUACUGGAAAGAUGGAGACACCUCCGGCCAACACGUUGAGUACCAGAUGAUGGUCCAUCUGUUUGGAGCAUCAUCGUCGCCUAGCUGUGCCAACUACGCCCUCAGACAAACCGCUUUGGAAAAUCAGGACCUGUAUGAGAAGGAUGUCACGGACACGCUGCUGAAGCACAUGUACGUCGAUUACUGUCUACGGAACCAGCCCAGUGAUGAGAGUGCUAUCCCCAGUGGGACCCGGAGACGGAUAGCCAAGCUGAUUUUGCAGGACUUGUGUCGUCUCAAGAUAGGAUGGGAUGACGACAUUCCCGAGGAGCACUUGUCUAAGUGGCAGAGAUGGUUGUCUGAUCUACCGAAAGUCUUGAACUUCAAGACAGAUAGAUGUGUCAAGCCGAAAGACUUUGACAACAUUGUCUCUUCCCAGUUGGUCCACUUUAGCGACAGUAGCGAGGUUGGAUACGGGGUGAUGUCGUACCUCAGGUUGGUGAAUGGCGACGGAAGGAUUCACUGCUGCUUGCUGCUCAUCAAGUAUCGUGUUGCGCCGCUCAAUCAGAUAACGAUGCCUAGGAUGGAGUUAGCAGCCGCCACUGUCGCCGUUCGCGUGGAUAGGAUGCUUAGGAAGGAGAUAGAUCUGACAGUAGACCGGUCGAUCUUCUUUACGGACAGUACUUCUGUCAUAAAGUACAUCAGGAACCGAGGAACCCGGUUCAAGACAUUUGUAGCCAAUCGACUGGCGAUUAUCCAUGACGGAUCCGAUGCUUCGCAGUGGUGUUACAUAGACACCAAGAGUAACACAGCAGACCAUGCCUCGCGAGGUCUGUGGGCAGAGGACUUCUUGAACUGUAUUACUUGGUCUAAUGGUCCGGAGUUCCUCUGGAAGCCGAUGGAGGAGUGGCCGACUUACCCCAGUGUCAUAGCUAACCUUGUCGGAGCAAGCAAUGACGACAUUGAGAUCAAGAGCGCUGCAGUACGUGUGGGUAAGCCAGUUGCGACAGAGGAAACGGGUUCUGAGACUGUCGAUAAACUGAUUGGUUACUACUCGUCUUGGUAUAGGCUGAAACGAAGAGUUGCACAUAUACUAAGAGUCGCAGUCGCAGUCAACUACGUAAGCUGGCCAUUGAUGGUGAAGGAGAUGGUGUGCGUUGUGGGCCGCUUACCGUUGAGGACUUUAGGAGAGCGGAGAAAGCCAUUCUGGUGUUCUCCCAGCGUGACGCAUUUGCCAACGAGGUCAAAUGUCUUAGUGGUGAACCAGGUACUCGAGUGA